CACCUGCUCUCUACCCAAAAUGUUCCGCACGCCUAUUCGCCGCAUGGCCACGGCCGCGCGCCAGUCGCUCAAAAUUGGCCUCAUCCCCGCGGACGGUAUCGGCAAGGAGGUCAUUCCCGCUGCCCGCACGGUCCUCGAGGCGCUCGGUUCGGACAUCCCGAAGCCCGAGUUCAUCGACCUCCUCGCUGGCUGGGAGGUGUUUGCUCGUAGUGGGACGGCUCUGCCGGAGGAGACGGUCGAGACUUUGCGGGAGUGUGACGGUGCGCUGUUCGGUGCUGUCAGCUCCCCGUCCCGUAGUGUCACUGGGUACUCUUCCCCCAUCGUGGCGCUCCGCAAGCAGCUUGACCUCUACGCCAACGUCCGGCCCGUUGUGUCGGUCGCCGCCACCCCCGAAGAGAAGCCCGCAGUUGACCUGGUCGUCGUUCGCGAGAACACCGAGUGCUUGUAUGUCAAGCAGGAGGUGCUCACCCACACCGAGCAAGGAAAAGAGGCGCGCGCGACCCGUCUCAUCACCGAGCGUGCUUCGCGCAGGAUAGGCAAGAUGGCUUUUGACAUUGCUCUUGGCCGGCCGCGCAAGCAAGUCACGAUCAUCCACAAGUCGAACGUCCUGUCGGUCACCGACGGUCUCUUCAGGGAGACCGUUCGGGGGGUCCCUGCAAAAUACCCUGGCCAGUACGACAGCGUGAAGCUCGAGGAGCAGAUUGUUGACAGCGCCGUGUACCGUCUCAUCCGGGAACCUGAGAUCUACGACGUCAUGGUCGCGCCCAACCUCUACGGCGACAUCAUCUCUGACGCCGCCGCCGCACUGGUUGGCUCGCUCGGCCUCGUUCCCUCAGUAAAUGCAGGCGACAAGUUCGUCAUGGGCGAGCCCGUACACGGCUCUGCGCCCGACAUCGAGGGCAAGGGCAUCGCGAACCCCAUCGCGGCCAUCCGCUCUGCAGCGCUCAUGCUCCGUCACUUGGGCUACGCCCAGGGGGCGGACCGCAUCGUCGUUGCGGUCGACCAGGUCAUUCGGGAAGGACAGAUUCUUACUCCUGACCUCGGCGGCAACAGCAGCACGACCGAUGUACUCAACGCUGUCCUCAAGAAGAUGUGAGCAGGGGUAGAGUAUGGCACAUACGGAUGCUCAAAAUCGCCAAAGCUCUUUCUAUGAAGAAGUCGUAGGUGUUGAUGUGUAUACCAUAUAUCGCCCAAAUGCUCUCUGGUGUGCAACGGUUCGAACGGACGGACGAGCACCGGUCGAUCGC